AUGGCGAAGCUAUCCUCGCCCGGCUCUCUUCACUGCGUAUCUUUCCAUCCCGCCCUGACCAACUACUUGCUGCAUUGCUGGCUGGCUUUCGACAUUGCCUUCGUCACAGUCCAAGAUGUCUCUUUUUAUGCGCUCCAAACAUCUACCACGCCCAUUCCGAGCAAACACACGAUCCAGCCCAUGAAAAAGGCAGACGGCACUCAGGUGCUAGCUUCUCAGCGUCUAAACCGGCCUAUUGCUCCGCAUUUGUCCAUAUAUAAAUGGCAAGUGACUUCAGUCAACUCGUCACUCCAGCGGAUCACCGGUGCCGUUCUAUCCGGCAGCCUCUACCUCUUCGCUGUCUCUUACCUGGCGUCUCCAUAUCUUGGUUGGGAUUUAUCGUCAGAUAGUUUGUCUGCUGCCAUGGCCAGCUUGCCCUGGGCCGGGAAGGCUACAGUGAAGUUCGUCAUCGCCUGGCCGUUCAUGUUUCAUGUAUUCAAUAGCCUAAGGCAUUUGGCUUGGGACAUAGGCAAAGGAUUUGCCAUGAAGACUGUGUCUCAAACCGGUAUCUUAUCGGCUGGGCUACAAAAGCUGGACUAG